AUGCCAGAGCAGAUCCAUGACGUGAUCGUCGUCGGCGCCGGGUUGAGCGGUCUUCAAGCAGCUUACAACAUCCAAAAAGCAGGCUUCUCUUGUGUUAUCCUCGAAGCCCGCAACAGAGUCGGAGGGAAGACAUGGAGCGUGCCGCUGGCAAGUGGGAAAGGAUGCGUCGAUAUUGGAGCGGCGUGGACCAACGACACGAAUCAGACGCAUAUAACUGCCUUGGUGAAGAAGUUUGGACUUGAGAUUGUUCAGCAAAACAUCGAGGGCGAUUGUAUAUUCCAAGAUCAGGAUGGUGCUACUCAUGUGUUCCCGUAUGAGGCCUCUCCCAAGUUCACCAAUGCAGAAGUCGAGGACCUCGAACGCAUCCGGGACAUCAUUCACGACCUCUCUGUAAUAUAUCAUGCUAAAGGGAAAAGUGACGAAAAUUAUGAUCACAUGAGUUUGGAGCAAUUCGUCAUCGCCAAAGAUGGAAUGAAGAAAACUGUUGAUAUGGUCAAGAUAUGGAGUCGUGUCAUGCUGGGUGUUGAGUCGACAGAACUGAGUGCACAGUUUUUUAUCGAGUACACUGGAAAGGGCGGAGGAUUGAAAACUCUUCGCUCGGACGGGAAAGGUGGUGGGCAGUAUUUGAGAUUCAGAAAAGGGACACAAUCCCUUUCGCUUGGCCUCGCCUCCCUUCUCAAACCAGGAACUAUCCACCUCUCAACCCCAGUUUUCUCCAUCUGUGAUAAGGGCUCAUCAGUAACAGCAACCACAACAACUUCCCGGAUGUUCACCGCCAAGAAGCUUAUCCUCAGCAUCCCCACACCUCUCUAUAGAGACCUUACCUUCUCUCCAUCACUCACCGGCAAAAAACUGACCUUCGCAUCCAACACAAAACUCGGUUACUACUCCAAGCUCAUCCUCUGCUACUCUUCUCCCUGGUGGACUAAGACCCAAAAGUGUGGCCUUGCACUCUCCUACCAAACACCCGUUGGCGUUGUCCGUGACACGAGCGUCGCAGCCGACGGCCAGUUUUCUCUCACCUGCUUCCUCGGCGGAGAUCCGGGACUGGCGUGGUCUCUUCUUCCUGCUCACGAACGCCGUGCCCAGGUCAUGCAACAAGUUGCCAAGAUUUAUGGGAAUGAAGAAGAGGUGUUCAAGCCAGUUGAAGUGUUUGAGCAGGAGUGGACUAAGGAGGAAUGGAGCAAAGGCGCUCCGUCUCCUGUCACCGGGCCGGGAUUGUUGACAGAGGCUGGGAAGGCGUUAACUGAGAAGGUGGGCAAUUUGCAUUUCGUGGGGACGGAGACGAGUGAUGUUUGGGCGGGGUAUAUGGAGGGAGCUGUGAGGUCUGGGGUUAGAGGAGCUAGGGAAGUUACUGAGCGUCUGGGUGGUGGGGUGGUUGCAGCAAAGCUGUAG